UUUGCGGGAAGUUUGGUCCUCAUACAGCAUAACCUACAGUCAACGAUAAACAACAGAAUCGAGAUGCCUCCAAAGGGCAAGGCGGCGGGGAACAGCAGAGCUCCAGCUAAAAGGAAGCUGGCAGAGGAGUUCCCACCCGGAGAGGUCCUGACAGACACCGGGAAGAAGGCCUGGAAGCUGGGGCGUCCAGUCGGCCAGGGGGGCUUUGGCCUCAUAUAUCUGGCUGAUGAGAAUUCUGCAAGACCUGUGGGUGCAGAUGCUCGCUAUGUCAUCAAAGUGGAGCCCAGUGACAAUGGACCACUGUUCUCUGAGCUCAAGUUUUACAUGAGAGCUGCCAAGCCUGAUCUGAUUCAGAGCUGGAUGAAGUCUCGCAAAUUGAAAAGUCUGGGAGUUCCCAUGUACUGGGGCUCAGGUCUGCAUGAAAGAGGAGGGAAGAGGUACAGGUUCAUGGUUAUUGACAGGCUUGGUACAGACCUGCAGAAGAAGUUUGAAGAAUGUGGAAGGAGGUUCCCCAGAAAACUGGUCUUGCAGCUCGGUCUUCGACUGCUUGAUAUCCUGGAGUACAUCCAUGAUCAUGAGUAUGUGCAUGCUGACAUUAAGGCAUCCAACCUCAUGCUGAGCCACAGUGAUCCCAACCAGGUUUACUUAGUAGAUUAUGGGCUGGCAUACAGGUAUGCACCUGACAGUGUCCUGAAAGAGUACAAGGAAGACCCCAAGAGAUGUCACGACGGCACCAUAGAGUUCACCAGCAUCGACGCGCACAAAGGAGCAACUGCAUGUAGGCGGAGCGACCUGGAGAUCCUGAGCUACUGCAUGGUUCAGUGGCUAUGUGGACGGCUGCCCUGGGAGGACAAGCUGCAGGACCCCAUCUAUGUCAGAGACUCCAAAAUCAGAAGUCAAGAAAACAUCUCUGAAUUUAUGACCAGGUGUUUCGCCCCUCAAGAUAAGCCAGAUGAGAUCCAGAGGUUCAUGGAGGAGGUUAAAUCUCUGGGGUACCAGGACAAACCACCGUACGAGAAGCUGCGCUCCAUCCUGCAGGCUGGACUGAAGGCUAUGCAGGCUAAAGAUGACGGCAAGCUAGAGUUCACUCCGGUCAGUGGAGCUGUAUCACCUCCUGCUAAGAAGACCACCAAGAGAAAGAAAGCAGCAGCUGAAUCAGAUGAGAGUGACAAUGAUGGAAGCACCAUCAAGAAAACGAAAGUCGCAAAGAAAAGAGAAGUGAAUGGAGUGAGGAAAAGUCCCCAAAAGAUUCCUAGAACAAGGAAGGUACCCAGCAGUGGAAAAAAGGGUCAGCCCAAGACCAGGCUGGUGGAGAUGAGCACCCAGACUUCACCUGGACUUGCUCUGAAAUCCAGAGGCAGAACCAAGAAAACCAGCACCUGAGCAUCCACUCCUCCCUCAACCCUUCUGUCUUUCCUCUGCUUCCUAAAAAAAGAGCUUUUUUAAGUUUUAUACAACAGGAUUUUCCAUCUGUUACGCACUGAUCAGUGUUUAUAUUUGAUUGUAUUUGGUGUGAUUGAAGCCGGAUCCAUUGUAAUAAA